AUGAUGAAAAUUAUGCCCGACGAGGAGCUGGAAAAGUGCGGCGUCAAAAUAGAGCUCGUCGACGAUAACUUGACCGAGAUGCGUGCCGAAAUCGCCGGCCCCCCCGACACACCAUACGAAGGAGGAAAGUUCGAUCUGGAAAUCAAAGUGGACACCGCAUAUCCGUAUAUGCCGCCAAAGAUCCGCUUUAAGAACCGCCUGUGGCACCCAAACGUUUGCUCUGCAACUGGCGUCAUUUGCCCGGAUAUGCUCGAUAAAAACUGGACACCGGCAAUGUCGCUGCGCACAGUGAUGCUUGCUCUGCAGGCCAUGCUGGCCGAUGCUGAACUCAACAAUCCGCUGGUCGUUCUGGUUGCAUGCCAGUACAUAAACAAUUACGAUCAGUAUUGGAAAACCGCUGAGCACUGGACAAAGGUUUACGCAGGCGGUCCGCGCUCUCAACCCGACUGUGAUGAGAAAAUUCAAUGCCUCAAGGCCAUGGGCGUCCACGAGAUUAUAGCGCGCAACCUUCUCUCCAUGUAUAACUGGAACUUGGAGAAGGCUAGCGAAAGAGUCUCUUCAAAUUAA